AUGGGGAAGGAGGGGGCGGGAAGGCCGGACGCCUGGGUCGGCAUCCUUCCUGCCUCCCCCGCUGCCCCCACCGGCAGGGGCCGGGGUGUGGCUCAGGCGAGGGGCCCCUGGAACUGCCCAGAGGGUGAGGGCCCGAGGGUCCGUGGGGAGCGAGAGGUCAAGGUCAAGGAAGCGGGGCCCCCGAGGGAGAUGAGACGCCCCCAGAUCACCUUCCCGGGGAUCGGUGUGUGCGGGCGGGGCCGGAGCCACAGCUGUUUGCCCCUCCCCUGCCCCCCUCCCACCCCCGCCUGGGUGGCUGGGGAACCCCCCAAUGGGGGCGGGAGAGAGGCCCCGGAGACCCAGGCGUCCGGCACCCCCACCCGCCAGGCUCCCAGCCUCCCACUCCCCCUCGCCCUGCGCCCCUCGGACAUCGGGGUGACAGCCCGGCCACCCCUCCCCGACCCCCUGGGGCCGCAUCUGCAGGUCCUUGAUGUGCCAGGGGCUGCGGCCGGAUACUUUGGGGUUCGGCCGCGUUUGGGGAACGGGGAGCGUGACUGCGGGGGCCCCGAGUCACACUCGGCAGUUAGGCUCGGGGGCGUCCCCCGGCCCCCCUGGAAUUUUUGGGGAUUUUUUGGGGGGCCGGGGCCCCCGCUAGCUCCAGAAAAGGGGGACGGGGGGGAUGGGCAGCUCGGGACUCUGUAUUUCCGGGUGACCCUUUGGAGCCAUCCCGGCCUGCCGAACCCCUGGGUCCGGACCAGAGGCGUGGAAGCGAAUUCUGACUCUCGGGGGGCUGUUUUCGGCCCCCCGGGGGACUGGAUUCUGAUCUCUGACCAGAUGAGAUCGGGGCCUGGGUCCCCUCAGGGAAGAGCCAACGGGGCCCGGGUCCGAGUCGCCACGGGCCAGGUGGCGGGGAGACAAGAUCCACCCCUGGGUCCUGAGGGGGAGUCGGGGCUCCUGGCCCUCGUGGAGAGGGAGGUGGAACGGCUGACGGGCGGCAGAGUGGAGAGGGGUCUUGGUAGGCCCCCCGAUCCGCCCGCCCCUGUCGUCGGGGUCCCCCCGCCCGUCCCCGCCGACCCCCGGGUCCCGCCCCCGCCCCAGCAGCACACCGUGGUUUGCCGCCCCGCCUCUAGCAGCACAGAAAUAUUGGCCCCCUUGGGGUUCGGACCCUGGCCAGUAUUCGUUGUGCUGCCCCAGGCGGGGCGGUGCGAGCAGCGGGGGCCCCUGGCACCGGGAUCCGGGGGGGUCCUCGGGGGGUCCGCAGGAGGCGGGGAGGGAGAGCCGGUCCCGGGCGGCCGGACAGUGUCCCGGAGCGGCAACCCCAACCCCCUUCCCGGGGGUCCCCGCAGCCCAGCCGCGGUCUGA